UCUGGAAAAAUUCAUGCCUAUUGAAUUAGAAGUUCUCCAUCCAGCAUGUUUUGACUAUUUCAAUAAAACAAAAAUUGCUCCACUGACUUAUCUAUAAAAGCUCGAGGACUCAAGGAAGAUAGCAUCAUAACAAAUAGAAACUGCUCUUAAUUUCAUCAUCCCCUUCCAUUGGGCAACAAACAGUUAAACUAUUACAGUUUCCUGGUUUCCACUUCAGUUUGAGCCUGAUGCAGCAAAUGAUGACAGAUGCAUUGACCGAAGAUCAGAUUGUUGAAUUGCGUGAAGCAUUUUGCAUUAUUGACAAAGACUCAGAUGGUGUGAUCUUUUGCACCUUAAUCAUAGGAUUCAUUACUGUGGAUGAACUGAUGACCAUUAUCCAAUCAUUAGAUGGUAAUCCAACAACAGAAGAAAUUCAAAAAAUGAUUAGUGAAGUCGAUAUUGAUGGAAACGGGAGUAUAGAUUUUGAAGAGUUCUUGAACAUUGUGGGAAUGAAAACGAAGGAAAAUGUGACUGAGGAGCUAAAAGACGCAUUCAAAGUAUUUGAUAGAGAUAAUGAUGGAUACAUAUCAGCUACUGAGCUGAGACACGUAAUGAUGAAACUGGGAGAGAGGCUAACAGACGAAGAAGUUGAACAAAUGAUUAGAGAAGCAGAUUUGGAUGGAGAUGGUCAAGUUAGCUAUGAAGAAUUUGCGAGAUUUAUGAUGCUGAAUUGAUCUCAUUUGAAUUUUCUACAUACAAAAUGACUGAGUUGGAUGAACAUAAGGGCAUUGACAUUU